CUCGCCGUCGGCGCCACGCACCUAGGGUAACCGCCCAUCUUCUCCCCCGACGAUGUCGGCGCCCUCCGACGCAGCGGCGUCCGCCCAGCCGGCCCCCGCCGCCGCCGCCGCCGCCGCCGCCGCCACCGCCAGCAGCGGCCUCACCUUCAAGCUCCACCCGCUCGUCAUCGUGAACGUCUCCGACCACUACACCCGCGUCAAGGCCCAGGCCGCCUUCUCCGCCGAGCCCGCCUCGGCGGGCAAGGCGCAGGCCUCCUGCUCCGCCGAGGCGCCCUCGGAGCCCGCGGUCCCGCCCAGGGUCUUCGGGUGCGUGAUCGGGGUGCAGCGCGGCCGCACCGUCGAGAUCUUCAACAGCUUCGAGCUCGUCAUCGACCCCGUCACCGGCACGCUCGAGCGCGCCUUCCUCGAGAAGAAGCUGGAGCUCUAUAAGAAGGUCUUCCCUGAUUUCUAUGUGCUGGGCUGGUACUCGACUGGGAGCGAUGUGCAGGACACCGACAUGCUUAUCCACAAGGCUCUGAUGGACAUUAAUGAAAGCCCUGUUUAUCUUCUCUUGAAUCCUGCAAUCAACCACUCCCAGAAGGAUCUCCCUGUGACAAUAUAUGAGAGUGAGUUGCAUGUUAUCGAUGGUGGUCCGCAGCUCAUCUUUGUCAGAUCAAAUUACACAAUUGAGACUGUAGAGGCAGAGAGGAUAUCUGUAGAUCAUGUUGCCCAUCUCAAACCAUCUGAUGGUAGCUCUGCAGCAACUCAGUUGGCUGCUCAUCUUACGGGAAUACACAGUGCCAUCAAGAUGCUCAACAGCCGGGUUCGUGUCAUCCAGCAAUACCUUGGUUCCAUGCAAAAGGGUGAUAUUCCACUGGAUAAUUCACUUCUUAGGCAAGUCUCAAGCCUUGUCAGGAGACUACCAGCUAUGGAAUCGGAGAAAUUCCAAGACGACUUCUUGACAGAAUACAAUGACACCCUCCUCAUGACUUACCUUGCAAUGUUCACUAACUGUUCAAGCACAAUGAAUGAGUUGGUCGAGAAGUUCAACACUACUUAUGAGAGAACCACUGCAAGGAGAGGAGGACGGGGUGCUUUCAUGUAGAUCCUUUCCUGCCGUGCUUCUGAUGCUCUGGUUAUCUGUGAAUGCCUCACUGCUGGUUAUCUGCUGAGCUUUUGGAAAAUAGUUUUCGGUAUGUAGAUGCAGUUUGUGCGUGCGGUUUUUAGUUACUCUAUCCGGCAGUGCCUGGGAGUUUUCAAGCUUAAUUCUCUCUAUUGGUUCAGUCAGUGACACGGCAAGCAUGUUGAUAUUGUUGAUUUUGUGCCUCGGUGGUUUAUCCCUCUUGUCCCGUAAGUUAGACAUGUAAAGUUUAUCUAAAUAUAUGCUGCUCAAUUGAAUCUA